CGCCGGGGCCUGGCUGAAGGCUGCAGGCCCCGGGGCCCGAGAUCGGGCAGGAGAUCCCGGCUGCCUUGCGGCUGGGCGGGGAAAGGGAGACGAGCGGGGUUCGGGGCAGUUGCCAAGUGAUCCAUUGGAUUAAGUUGGUGGGUGUCUGGAUCGCGAGAAUUCACGGGACUCCGAUUCUGACUCUGAGGAAGGAGCCGUGGGCGGAGAAGCGGAGAUGGACUUCCUGCGGAAUUUCUUCUCCCAGACCCUGGGUCUGGGUUCCCAGAAAGAGCGUCUCCUGGAUGAGUUGACCCUGGAGGGGGUGUCCCGCUACAUGCAGAGUGAGCGCUGCCGCAGGGUCAUCUGUAUGGUGGGAGCUGGAAUCUCCACAUCCUCUGGCAUCCCUGACUUCCGCUCACCAACCACCGGGCUCUACGCCAACCUGGAGAAGUACAAGCUGCCCUACCCCGAGGCCAUCUUUGAGAUUGGCUUCUUCAAGAAACAUCCAGAGCCCUUCUUUGCCCUCGCCAAGGAACUCUAUCCCGGGCAGUUCAAGCCGACCAUCUGUCACUACUUCAUCCGCCUGCUGAAGGAGAAAGGGCUGCUGCAGCGAUGCUAUACGCAGAACAUCGACACCCUGGAACGUGUUGCGGGGCUGGAACCUGAGGACUUGGUGGAGGCCCACGGCACCUUCCACACGUCGCACUGUGUCAGCCCGCUGUGCCGGCAGGAAUACCCCCUGAGCUGGAUGAAAGAAAAGAUCUUCUCCGAGGUGACUCCCAAGUGUGAGAAGUGUCAGAGCUUGGUGAAGCCUGACAUCAUCUUCUUUGGCGAGAACCUGCCGGCGCGCUUCUUCUCCUGCUUGCAGUCGGACUUCCGGAAGGUGGACCUCCUCAUCAUCAUGGGCACCUCCCUGCAGGUGCAGCCCUUCGCCUCCCUCAUCAGCAAGGCCCCCCUCUCCACCCCGCGCCUGCUCAUCAACAAGGAGAAGACCGGCCAGACGGACCCGUUCCUGGGCAUGAUGAUGGGCAUGGGAGGCGGCAUGGACUUUGACUCCAAGAAGGCCUACAGGGACGUGGCCUGGCUGGGUGACUGCGACCAGGGCUGCCUGGCCCUUGCCGACCUCCUGGGAUGGAAGAAGGAGCUGGAGGAGCUGGUCCGGAAGGAGCACGCCCGCAUCGACGCCCAGGCGGAGCCAAGGAGCCCCAACCCCACCUCCACCUCGGGGCCCUCUCCCGGGGCCUCCCCACCUCCCGCCAAGGACCAGACCCAGUGACCAGGGCGUGUCCCCUGCAGGACCCGCACCUCCUUCAGGGCAGCCCCCUCUAACUUACAGCUCUCCUCCUCUGGGCGCGCUGAACAGUUCCCCAAUCUCUUAACCAAGCCCCGCCCACGCCCAAGUGCCCCCCCCCCCCACCUCCCAUCGCCCUGACCA